ACUGUGAGAUGAUGGCAAAUGGUUUGUCCCGUUGCCAAGGCUCCCUGCGGCCUCGGCAACUGCGUUCUGCGCUCGGCUGUGGAGAUAAGCGCAUCCCUGGAGCAGAAAGCUGUCCCCUGGCCACAGGCAGUGCUAACCUGGCAUUUCCAAGAACCGCGCCAUGAAGACGGGAUCGGGCAGGCAACGCUACAGCCCGCAGAAAUAUCAGAUCGUGAAGUCAGCAUCCCCCGACCUUUGAAAACGGUCUCUGGCUAAACAACACAGCGAGUGCAGAUACUGCUGAACCCCCAGAGCCGCGGAGGAGCGAAUCCAAGGAACGGGGAUUACUGAUCCGGGCUUCCGCUACUGAAAACGGGGUUCGAAAAACACAAUUUCUCACAAGGACGCUGUGUUCUCCGUCUAGAUUAGUAGACAGUUACUGCUGUGUUAACAUACACAAGUUGUUGAGUACAGAUAACUGUGCCCUUGCUCGGUAAGAUUUGAUUAAGACGCGAUGCAGAUACAGUCAACACACCAACCGAAGACUCCGUAGAUGUCCCGUAUUGAGUCCAAUGCCAUUGGACUCAAUAGUCCAACAAUGUUGUUGUUAUUGUAUUGGAUACAGUGUGCACUGUGUACAACGUAAGGACAAAAGGACCUAACUUAAAAUCGCUACACCGGCAAUUGCAACUUGAACUCCGCACCCAGGUACAUCUGAUGCAAAAGGGAUUUUUUUUUAUUUUUUUUUUGCGGAAUCUGUAACAUUACGAGUAAUUGGAACGUCUUUAAAUUUAAAUAAACACAGUCGCACAAGUAAAACUAACUGGGAGACCAAAACUAUAAUCUAGAGCAGUUGUACAAUACUAUACUCUAGACUGAAAACAUAGCCUUAUUUGGGUAUCGGUUUGACUGUGACAGCUGCAGUACCAAAGCGAAGAAAAUUGAACUGAGGAUCUCGUAAGAAUGAUUUAAGGCUUCAGCACUCCUGCCUGAAACUAAAGCAACAAACACUUAAACUGGGCUGUUCUGUUAAAGGGUGACUCGCAGCGUGUUUCAGAGCAAGCGUGGUGGAACAGGGGUGUUUUGAAGUGGGAUACUAAGACACCUCACCGUGAAGCUGCUGCUCCCCAUUCACCCUGACAAUACCAGCGACUUCCACUCUCUAACCCUCAUACAGGAAGAGUUUUUAUAAACUUUUGUAUUAAUAUAAAAUUCUGGGUGCAGUAAUACAUAUACUUAUUGUUGAAACUUAGCAAACUCACACUGUUAAAUUAAAAAAUAAAACCGCUCAGAAGUGAAUGUUGCGGGUUUGUGAGUGUUGAACUACAGGUCUUUGUACGCGUUAGCUUCAUGCACCAAAGGAUUCUCUGCACUGAAUGUUUGCAAAGAUCUCUCUGAGGAGAGUUAAAUAAUUGAUCUCAUUGUAUGAGGACGGACACAUCGAAUUACUUUUUAUAGAAGUGUGAAUUUAACGAGGGUACAAAUAAAACCACUCGACUAUAUUUAGUUGCACAGCUUUUUUGGAGCUGGUACAACCAAUCUCGAUAAUUCACACACCAUGGACUGUUCAUACAGGGUACGCUUGUAGGAGGGUUUUCUGUAGACCCAGCCAGAAGCCAUGGACAAUCCUCAACAGGAGCAAGGUGAGCUGGAUGACAUCCUCCAGAGGCUGAGGGAGGAUGGGCAGGAGCCCGGGGCCACGGCGGACGAGCAGCUGCGUCACCUGUGGCGUCUGUACCUGCGCAGCGAGGGCAGCCUGCGCGCCCUCACUCAGGACCUGGAGGAGGUGCGCUCGCAACAGGUAGCAGAGAUGAAAGAGGUGGAGAACUAUGUGGAUCACAUCCGCAACCUGUCUGAGGAACGCGAGGCCCUGACCGCUGAGUAUGAGCGAGAGAACGAGCAGCUCCGUGGGGAACUGCAGCAGCUGAGGCUCGAGCAAGAGGCCCAUCUGAAGGAGGUGGAGGAGAUGCUGGAUCAGGAGGGCCUGGCUGAGAUCUCCCACAGCAGCCCCAGUGAGCAGAUCGCCUACCUGCUGGUGGAGAGAGCCACGCUCCUGGAGAAGCUGGAGAGCGCGGAGAGGAAGCUGGACUCCCAGAGCUACACAGGCAGCCUGCGGGAGGUACAUCUGCAGGAGGAGCUGGACCAGAUUCGACAGACACUUGAAGAGGAGCUUCGGCAGCAGAGAGAGUCCAUGCAGCGCACCAAAGAGACCAUGAACAAGGACCCCCUGUCCCCAACCACGAGCUCCUGGAAGAAGCUGUUUGGAGUCCGUACGGCAGCACAGGGCGCCCAUGCUGGUGCUUCAGUAUGUCCAUCUUCCCUCCUGCUACCUGCACUAGAGCUCUCUACUGACCACUGUACAACAGCCCCAACCCACGAUGCCGAGCUGUCGAGUGAGCGGCGGCGGCGGGAGUGUGCGGAGCGGGAUCUGGACGAAGCGUCUCGCCGGCUCUCCAUGGCGCACGAGGAGAUCCGCAGGCUGACCGACGAGGUGGACAUCGCCAGGAAGGCAAGCAGUGACCCGGAGCUGCAGAGAGCACGUCAGGAGGUGGAGCAGCUGCGAGUGGAAGUAGAGGAGCUGAAGGAGAGCGACCUGCUGGAGCUGCAGAGGGUCAAGGAGCACAACGUGAGGCUGGAUAAAGAGAUCCUGUCUCUGCGGAGCCGCGUGCGCUCGCUGGACUCGGAGAGGAAGACCCUGCUCCAGACGGUGGAAAAACUGAAGGAGGAGGUGCAGCAAAACCAGGUCAGAGAGACUGUGUCAGAGCUUGAGUCUCUGCCUCUACAGCUGGACCAGGUCAAUUCAGGGCUUCAGCAACCAUGUCUCUCAAAGACUGAACCCAAACUCCUCAGCCAGGAUCGCGCCACUGCUUCCCUGACACAGGCAGCGUGUGCUGGAGACACAGAGAACGAUGCCCACCAGCAAAUCCAUGAGAGGUGUCGUCAGGAGCUGCAGGACCGGGGCUGCCAGAUUCAGGAGCUGCGCAGGAAGCUGCUCAAGCUGCAGAGAGAGCAUGAGGAGCUGGGGGAGCGCAACGAGGAGCUGGAGUCCAUCUUGGGAGAGACACAGAACCGAACCAAAGAGGAGAGGGAGCGAUUCGAGAGCGAGACUGAGGGGCUGCACAGGAAGAUCACAGGGCUGGAUGCAGAGCUGUCCAGACUGCGUAAGAAACAGCAGCAAUGGGAGGGGAAGGGUGUGGCUGUGCCCAGCUCUGAGAUGAGUGAUGCAGAGCAGGCCCUGCAGCAGCAGCUGAAGAGCAGCCGGGACAGGGAGGCGGUGUUGGAGGGGUGUCUGACAGAGGAGAAGGAGUGGAGGAAGCAGCUGGAGGCGGAUCUGAGUGCUGCACAGAGCACGCUGAAGAAGAGCAAGGAGGAGCUGCAGCGGUGUGGGGCAGAGAUGCAGAGUCUCCGUGCCUCAGUGGAGGAGAGCAGCGCCCUGAAUGCCAGCCUCACCCAGGGCCGGGAGGAGAAGACCCUGCUGGAGAGGAAGGUUUGUGAGCUGGAGCUGAGUGCAAAGCGGCUGGAGGGGGAUGUGGAGCAGCACAGGGCAGCAUGCAGCCAGGCCAAGGAGGAGCUGAGGAAGUGCAGGGAGAGGGAGGCAGAGCUGAGAGGAGAGCUGCACAGAGCGGAGGGGGAACACAGCACAUUGCGGGGGGAGGUGCUGGAGAGCCGUGCCCAGGGGGCCUCCCCGGAGCAGCGGCUGAGCGAGAGUGUGCAGGAGCGGCUGGGCCUGGAGCUGCAGAGCCACAGACUGAGGCAGGGGACAGGGAGGGAGGCCAACCCAGAACAGCCCCAGCACAGGCCCUCCCACAGAGUUACGGGGGAGGGAGUCAACCAGCUGGUCUCUCUGAAGGUGGAAAUGGGUCGCCUGCAGUCCACCCUGGAGGAGGAGCGUCUCCUAGCCAGCCAACACCAGCUCGCCCUGCAGGCUCAGAUAGGGGAGGGGCAUGGCAGGGCCAAGUCCCAGGAGAGCCUGCUCCAGCAGAUGGGGGAGGAGUGUCGUCAGCUGAAGCAGGACCUGCAGAGAACGCAGAACCUGUUCUCCUCGGCGGAGAGAGAACUGCGAUACGAGAGAGAGAAGAACCUGGACCAGAAGAGACACGGUGCUCUGCUGGAGCAGGAGAACACCAAGGUGAAAGCUGAGCUGAAGCAGGCGCAGUCACGGCUGGCAGGUGUGGAGCAGGCCAGCGCGUCUCUGAGCGCGGAGCUGGAGAGCAGCCAGCAGAGAGGCCGGGAGCUGGAGCUGGAGCUGCUGCACAGGACUGAGAGCGUCCGAGUCCAGCGCAGCCUGCAGGAGGAGCUUAGGGCAGAGAGCUCCCGCCACGUCAGCGCAGACAAGAAGGUCCGGGAGCUCCAGCAGCAGCUGAAGGGAGCUCAGCACCAGCUGCGCCUGGCAGAGACCAGGGUGCAGGAGAUGGAGCAGCUGCAGAGAGAGGCUCGAGACAGCACAGAGAGCCUGGCCACGCUGAGAGGCAGACUGCAGGAGGAGCAGCUCUGCAGGAAGCUGCUGGAGCAGAAGGGGGAGGAGCUGCAGCAGCAGCUGCGCUUGCUGAGGGAGAAGGAGGCGUCUCUGAACCGCAGCAACACCGAGCUGAACCACCGGCUGCACCAGCAGGGGGCGCGCUUGAGCGUGCUGGAGGAGGAGCACAGCACAGUAACAGAUGAGCACCAGCACAGCCAGAAGACCAAUCAGAAUCUGUCUGACCAGCUGUUGUCCUGCCAACAUGAGUCAGAGAGACUCCAGGAGGAGCUCCGGCGGGUUCUGCACCAGCUGGACUCACAUGUCAGACGGUACAGCGAGAAGCAGGCCAGGCACAAGGCGAAGCUCCGGCGAGCAAAGGAGUUUUUCCUGAGAGAGACCGUGGAGAGAGACGGCAGAAUCAGGAAUCUGGAGAAGGAUCUGAUGCUGGCAAGGAGCCUGACCGAGAAGGAACAGGAAUGGAUUAGGAAAGUGACAGAUGUGAAUGAGAAACUUCUGGUGGAGAAACGGGAGCUGUUGAGACGUCUGAGCGAGGAGGAGGAGUUGGGGCAGACCUGCACUCGCACCAUCUCCACCAGACAACACAGGUUGAACUGCCUGGAGGAAGAGAACAGGCAGCUCCAGGAUAGAACCCUGCGGCUGUCCAAUCAGGUCGGAGCGUUGGAGCGCGCUCUGAGGAGUGUCCAGUCUGUCUGCAGUAUGGAGGAGCUCAAGAAAGCCUUUCCCACCGAGAGCCUGCUGUUGAACGGCAGCCUUCUGCAGCCCAGCAACCCCAGUCUGAUGGCAGGGGGGUGUGACACUCUGGGGAUCCUGGAUGCGAUCCGCAGGGUGAAGGCCAGCGAGCCGCCUGAGAGCCUCAAGUCCUCCUUCUCCACCCCCCGCUCCCAGCCCUCUGACAUUGGAUACCUGAACCUGAGUUCCCCCGCAGCCAGGCCAGGCUCCCAGGACCCAGACGAGAGCCAGAGCCUGGGCAGCGACGAGGUGUGAGCCCCCUGGAGGGACAGCUGCCCCGGGUACUAGGGACCAGGAGGGACACAGGGCAGGCAAGAGGGACCAGGAGGGGCACAGGGCAGGCAGGAGGGACACAGGGCAGGCAGGCCUAUCUCUCCCAGGCCUUCUCAACUCCAUGCUGGAAAUCAGCUCCCCUGGACUGGAAACAAAGCUGACAGGAGCCAAGCCAGCGGUCAGUCAGUUGAGUUUCACUUCCAUGACAAUUUGCCCCAGACUAGUUAGUGUUGAGAGAAAUCAUGUCAUUGUAAUGAGCCAGUCCAGCUAAAGGAAUUAAUAAAUAGAUGCUUGCUGUAUAAAAACUGUAUGCAAUGUAGGAGACUCUACUAUGUAUAAUCAAACUGACAUAACCGUUGUCAAAGCAGCAAAUCAGCAGAACACGCCAGGCGUGCCCAGAAUAACUCCUGCCUCUUAGACAGGUGUUAUAUUUAAAUGAUCAUGAUGAGAAAUUCAGCGUCUGUUUCUAUUUUUUUAAAUGUUGUGACAAUCCGUGUGACUCCCAGUGUUUGUACAGGGAGUUAUUUCCGUUGGACUAAACUAAAGCACUUUCAGCAGACAGGAGAAACUGCCUGCCCAGGUUUACAAGUAUUGAGAAGAAAACUUCAACAAAUAGGAAUCCUAGAACACCGACACAGGAUUUAGAGCAGAGCUUUAUUUAAGGAUCUGUUAUUAAUCAAGUGAUUAACAGUCCAAUAUUAUGACUAAUUAGAAAGGCUGUAGCAGCCCUGUAAAAACAAGAUAAGAAGCAUUAUGACAUGAGACUAUCUGUGGUAAUCAACUUUCAUACCUUGUUAAUAUCUUCGUUGAUCAUGUUUAUAGAUGCUUUUUAAUAGAUCCUUUUUUUACAACGAGAAGUGUUCUUUAUUUUCAUAUCACAAAACUGCCGAUAACAGAUUUCAUCCCAUCAUGAACUGCUACCACUGCUUCCCCUGUAUUUAUUCAUAACUUGCUUGUGUUUUUGGACUGUUGCCCCAGUCAGCGGUACAGUACAAUACCGGUACAGCACUGUGUGCUGAGUGCACUACAUGCGGUCUGGUGUGCUCCAUUGUAACAAGGGUACAUUUCAGAUAUGGUAAAUAGGAAACAGAAAAACUCCCAUGAAAUACAAUGAAACCCGCCUAAUAUCACUCCUGUUAAUGCCACCCUCUGUGUAUUAUCACCCCGUUGAAAAGCCCCCAACACUAGAAUAUAAGGCGAGUCAGUGGGGACAGGCUCCUGAUAACAAUAGGCCAGUUUUUACAUGUUGCUUUGUUUCACGUGAAUGGACAAUGCGCGUGAAACUUGGCAGGGAAAGCUUGUGAAAAUGUCCCAAAAAAUGCACUCCGUAUUUUGCCGUGACAGCCUCAAUUUCUUGUGAGAUUCCAGGAAAUGCUCGUGAAAUCAACGGCCACUUAAGAACAUAAGAAAGUUUACAAAAGAAAGUUUACAAACACGAGUUUCUUGUGAAAAUGUUAAUUAGCUCGUUCAAGUCCUUUCCAAAAGCCGCUAUAAAGUCACAUGGGAAUACGUAAGUUACCAUGGUCCAAAGAUAGCAGCAGGGAAGCUAAUGUUUUGUUUGCAGUAUUUCACUUAUCAGAUUGAUGUUGCAGAUAACCCCACUUUUUCUCUCUGUGUUCCCUAGAACUUAUCAUAAUGCUAAUCAUACAUGGAUCUAAAUGUGUUUGCAAAGUGUCAUACAGAUUAUAUUUACCAAGUUUCUGUUUAAAAGAUGUUUGAUAAACUGCAUCAUGGGUUUGUGAAUUCAGGUGGUUACAGCUACUGUAACACCUCCCCAGUCACGUAAGCAUACAAACGCACCACAAACCUGCCUUUAAUUCCAAAAUAAUCACAAGAUGUAGCAAGUGUUGAUUGUAAAAGUACUAAUGUAGCCUGACUACGCCAGUUCAGUGCGACAAGGCACCGAACAAAUUACAGAAGAUCCUUUAGGUUUUUUUAUUCAGAUAACGGAUCAAAAAAUGUAAGAACAAGGUCACCAAGAAAAUCACACAGAUACAUUUUAACAAGCGUUUGUUUAUUGUAAACUUCCAAUAGCAACGCCUAGUUUCAAACGGUACUGAUAUAAUAAAGCAACCAUUCCAUUCACCUAUUAACAGGUGGCAAGAUUUCAAAUACCCACACCACACACACACACACACACACAAUGUCCGUGCAGAGAGAGCGAGAGAGAAACCAGCAUCACAAUAUAGCCUAUUCUGUGCACUUCUUAAACUCCAAUCGACUACCAAAUAGGCUAAAACACUCGGGCCGUUCGCGCUCAUUAUUCAACACCGGCAUACCAUCAGCCCAAUACUUAUUGUCGGGAUGCUCCAUUUACUGGUCCAUCUCCGUCUCUCUCACUCGUCGGUCCCCCCUCCUGCACAGACACACAAACCCCAGGAUGGCCAUCCCGUUUGUAAAAACAUGUGCUAUUUAUAUUCAGGUGCGUAAAUUGAUCAAUAAUUCAAUUACUAGGUACUCAACAGGGCAAACCUAGGGAAGCGGGUGGAGAAGCCAACAUAACAUGAUACAAAUCAAUUAUCAAAAAGUGUCAGACAACACAAAACGUGCACUAAUCAAAUAAAAAAUAAUUUUAUAAAAAUAAUAACAUGCAAGUGUAAAAUAAAUUUGAACAGGGCAUUCUUGACCCUGUUACACUACUGUACAGUACUUCAGAAUACACUUGCAAAUAGCUUUCCAAUCAAACAACUUUAUGUAAUAUACUAUUAAGUACUAUGUUUAAAUGUGUAUAACUAUAGCAAUUUCUCCUAGUUCUGUCUGAGCAAAACCCGUGUCCAUCCUCCACUUACGUCCGUUGGAGCGAUGAAGAGACUCGGGUGUUAAUAUCCAUAAGGGAAGGGGAUAUGAUGAGGCAGCUUGAUACAGUGCACAACACAAACACUCUCAAAAUAAAAUGUGGUGUGGAAUUUUUGUAACUUAUUUCUCGGAAAUCAACAAUACUACUCAAUAUUCCAAUUCUUUAUUUAGCAGAAGCAAUCAUACAAGUAUAGCACAAAUUAGAAUGCUGUAUUUGGUAUAACGAGAUACAAAAUAAGCCAAUGAAACACAAAUGUGAUACAAAAUAAAAGUACACCGUCUGGUUACAAAAAUAAAGAUAGCCGUGCAUCUCUAAUAGCAGGACCCUCUUCAUAUUGCUGUUGUACAAUUCUUGCUGGAGGCUGAGGUAUGCUUCAGCCUCCAGCACAAUUGUGCUUCAGUAGUAUCCGCCACCUCCCUUUCAAUAGCCCAAACACCUGUUCAACCACCACUCGGAUUUGGCCUGCUGAAUAAUGUUACGUUAACAUAUUGAAUUAAAUACCGCUUUGUAGUUUUCCCAUAUACUUAAUGAAAAACUAACAAAAAUAAAGGGAAGCACAGAGGCUGCAGGGUAGGUUAUUGUGCAGCUGAACAGAGAAAGAAGUAAUUGAGACUAAUUCAAACUUUGCUGUCUCUCUCUAACUAGUGAGCAGAAAAGAAAAAAAUGUGAUGAGAAAAUAAUCCACUUGUUAAAGAUGAAUAUAGUAUUUCCACUCUAGUAGGCUGUCUAGUAUUUCUGAUUUCCUUCUGCUGAUUGUGGCUCUUUAUCUAGUCUUGUGUUUUGAUUAAAAGCUUGUGCACAAGGCAAGAGUCUUACAGUAACUGAGGGAUGCAAUUGCUUGAUCAUCAUUAAUAAAUGAUUGAAGAACUUUUAGAUGGUGUUUUUUUUUUUAAUAAUAGAUGAAUCAUCACCCUUGUGCGUUCCAGGCUGUCUCCAGUCAUCCUGCCGCCACCACAGUGAACCCAUUAUCAGUGCGGGCUGUUGCUCAGCUUAGAAAUAUCCUCUAAAUGAUAUUAAAACAAGCCCACAAUAAAACGCAAGUAGAGACUGGAGUAGGGAGUACAUUGCAGCGCUAUGUGUGUGUGCAGAAAGAAGGUUGUGAUCUAAACAGUAUAUUUGAAUGCAGAUGUGACUGAUGCAAUGGAAGUACCAUUGGGACAGCACGUGUUCAUCAUUAAAGUUAACUUGGGUGUCAUAUAAAAUAUCUUACUAACCUGUACAAGAUGUUACUGUUGUGUAAUUUGGAUUACUCAAUCUUUAGGUUGGGGGACCUGCUUAAACAUCAACCUUUUUCUCAAUUAGAAACUUAGAAGAAUAGAAAACUAUCAGGCUACUAGGAUUGAAAUAAUGCAAUGUCAUGAUUAGUUCAGAUGAGAUUAGCUUCUGACCUGCCUUCAUGCUGUUGAGAAGGCGUCUCUAUGUCUUCAGCAGUAUGAAAACAUCCAGCACUUGAUAACAUGGGACUUGUUUCUUGUGGAUUUACAGCAGUAGCGUUUGCACCUCAAUGUCUUUUCUGAAGAAGCUCCUAUUCAAGUUCUCAUUGCAAUGUAUAUGACAGAGUAUGACAGACUGUCCUCAGAGUUCCAUGCUCAUGUGUCAGUGAAGGUGCAGCUGAUAUGCCUGAAUAUGAAGACACACUGUAUUAGAGGUUUAAUCAUUACCUGAAUGCUGGACAAUGUCAGUAUAAUGGGAGAUUUAUUUCAAGAAGACAGACAAUGACACUGUCUUGGAGCAUUAAGCAGUUUGGAGAACCCAAAGACAUUGGCCACAAUUUGUUUGAGCACACAGUAAACAGUGCUAUGUGCCAGAUUGUCAUGGGUGCAAGUUUACACACAAUGGGCCAAUCCUUGUGAAAGCAAUAAGCUCAAGCUCUCUCUCAAAGAGCAGCUUGCUAUGGGAAUGACGUAUCAGAGGUAACUUCUGCAUUCUUCUUGUUUACAUUCACUUUGUAUAAUUUUCUGUUUUAGUUGUCUCAUCCUGGUGACUUUGUAAUCAGAGAAAAUCAAUACAGUUCCCAGAAUCCUGUCUAAACUCCACAUCAGGUACACCAAAGUGUUACCAAUAACCUGUUCCUCCAACAGCCUAAUGUUUGGAGGACAUAACAUUUGAUCUAAGAUGUACAUUAGUUAAGAUAGCUCUGAGGUGAGAACGAGCUGACUGCUCUAAUACUGUGCCUCACUGUGUGUUACUGUGUGUUUAAGAUAUUGCUAUUCAAGUACAGAGAGCUAACAAAACCACUCUAAGCUGUGUUACCAUCACUUCAUAGAGCUUACAUUUUCCUACAUACAAUUUUACAACGUUCAUUUUUAAGGAUUUUUUAAAUAACUACUGUAUUAGUUACCAAGAAGUAGAUUAAACAGAACUAGAAGUAUUUGAAGUAUAUUUGAUGGCAAUAAUAUUAGGUAAGAUUGACUGAGGUUAUUUUGUAAGCUGUGUACUUUAAGGGGAUCAUGAUCAAAACUCUCAGUCUAAGGGCAGCUCACUGCUUAUGUAUUAUUUUUUGUUUGAAUGUUAUAAAUAUAAAGCUUGCAGCUAAAUAUGGUUUUAAAAGUAGUCAGCUUUUAGUUUGACCCAAAACCUAAAGGUUUUACAUUUUUCUACAGUACAAAAGUGAUAUUAUGAUCUGGUAUUGUUGUACGUAAUAUUUUACUGUGUUUUAAUGUUUCUCCAUUGUGCUGUUUUCUAUCAUAUGUUACGCAAUGUUAAAACAAGAACAAAUACUUUGUAUUUUUAUAAAUAAA